UCGUGGCGUGCGGUUGUUACCGGACGGUUAAAACGCAAAUUUACGUAAAAACAAGUUCGCUUAAACUAAGUUUUUUAUACCACGCGGCGGAUGAUUGUUGUACGAACUUCAUUCGGUUGUUUUAAUGGAUUAAUUUCGAAUAUCUAAACUCGACAAUAUAAAUAUUCUGACAAAAUAACUUGUGUCCGAAAAAUAAUACUAAACAACAGUCAGAACAUACCGGGUUCGACUGCGAAAAUAAUAGUAACAACAACUACAAAGCACCACAAAGAUAAAGGAGAAAAAAACAUAACAAAACAAAACAAAACAAAAAGGUGGAAGAGCAACAACAAGGCCAAGAAGAAGAAGCAUCUCAAACUUCUGCUCUGGUUUGCAGCAAGCUCGUGUGUGUGUGCGUGUGUGCGCGUGAGCUUGCGAUGUUUUUUGUGCGUAAAUGUGUGUGAAUGUGCCAAAGCUAAGAAUCAAAGUGCAAAGCAAAAUUGAAUAAUUUCUCUUUGCGCUCCGCACAUUCGCAGUGAAAUUCAAGUUGCUGAUAAAGGCAAAUAAUACAAAAUAAUGCCCAAAGUCGGUUGGCGUGAAAAGUGAGCUAAAACACAAUGGCAACGGCCGGCAGAAUCGUUACGUAACAGCACCUUGCGUGGCAGCAUCCUUACGAGAAUCGAAAACGUAAAAAGGAAACGCAAAAAAAUAAUAUAAAAAAAGUGUCACCUUAAAUUUUCGGCCAUGCUGCAGCUUUCGGAAGCUUGAACGCAUUCUUCUUUCUUUCUCUCUCCUCCCCCUAUCUCUCUCUCUCUCUUUCUGUGUGUUUUCCUCCCACCUCUGCCUGUCUCUCUCUCCCCCUCGUGCCGCGACCCCAUCUUCGCGUUCUCGUUGUUUUGUGAGUGUUUUUUUUGUUUUUGGGCGAAGCGAACGAAAUGUCAACUUCCACAAUAACAACAACAACAACUGUGGCCGCCGCCCCCUCAAAAUCGGCGCCACCCACGCCCACAGCAGCGGGAGCAUCGGGUGCCGGAGCCACACGCACCGCCGACUGCCGCAAAUUCACGCCGAACAUUUUCAACAAGAGCAAGUGCAGCCACUGCUUCCGGCAGCGAGAGGAGCACUCGGCAUCCGCCUUGGAAUGCAAUAGGCGAACGGAACCAGCAUCGCGAAAGGUCUCUAAAUGCGGAUAUUUAUUUGUGGCGCCAGAUUGGGAUUUCAGCAAUCCAUUGUACAGAACAAAGCGCUGGCAAAGACGAUGGUUUGUUCUCUAUGACGAUGGUGAGCUGACGUAUUCGGUUGAUGACUAUCCUGAAACCAUACCGCAGGCCUGCAUCGAUAUGACCAAAGUGCUGGAAGUGACCAGUGCCGUGGAGGUGACGGGUCAUCCCAACUCAAUAGCCAUAGCUGCUCCGGAACGCGUGACCUUUGUGAAGGGCACCAGUUCGGAGGAGUCGCAGUGGUGGCUCAAUAUCCUGGCGGCCUUUCCGAAGUCAAAGGGACGCCACAAGCGCAGUGCCACCCUCCCAGGUGGCCAGGUUGUGGGCAGCCUUCGUCAGGGGGGCAGCAGUGACAUGACCCUCGCCACGAAGCUGGGCAAUCGACACAGCUCCUAUCACAAGGAUACGCUCACGUCCUCGCAGUCGGCGGGUAAUCUGCUCAGCACUCUGGAUCUGGGACCCAGUUCCACGAAGACGUGCUCUGCGGCUUUGGCCACCACGCAGACUGCUCUCAAUGAUGACGAAGAGGACGACGGUGUGGAGACGGGCGAGGAUGUCGAGGAUGAUGAGGAGGAUUUGCCCAGGAAAUCGAGUACCGCCAGCACAACUGGCUGCAUAAGCGGACAGGACGAAAACAAUCGAAAUGCGGGCAAUGAGAUCACAAAUCGAGUUUCCCAGCCCACCACCUGCCUCCUGAUCGAGGACAUUCGUCGGGAUGAGAAGACAAUCAAGGAUAUUGCCAACACAAUCACAAACUUGAGCCAGCAGCAGAACAAACGAUGGUCCACGGCGGUUAACAAUGCACUGAACAAUCAGCAUCAGCACCACUUCAACCACCAUAGCCAGUAUCAAUCUUCACGGGAUGAGACCGACUUCCAGGUGUCCUCCAACAAAGUCAACAACAAGACCCCAAGCGCGGCCAGUGAAAGACCAAAGUCCCUGCCCCUGGCAGCCAAUUCCACGCCAGCGAUUGUUUCGGCCAUAGUCAAGAAGAUUCCCACAGUUAUGGAACAGGGGGAUAAGGCGAAGCCCACUGGAAGGCUGCAGUUGCACCUAAAGUCACCGAAACAUUAUCAGCACGAGAGGGGUGAUCCCGAUGGUGGAUGCAAUCUGGACGAACUGUGCGUCAACUACAUGGCCAAGACAGAUGAGCUGCGAUCGGUGGGCAAGGCAGGUGGUAAGGUGUCCUCGGGUCAGGGCAAACCUCCUGUCAAGGCCACCGCCGAGGAGUCCCUGAAUGCCAAAAAGGGUUGGCUAAUGAAGCAGGAUAAUCGCACGGGUGAGUGGUCCAAGCACUGGUUCACCCUCAGCGGAGCAGCUCUCUUCUACUACCGAGAUCCCUUGUGCGAAGAGCGAGGAGUUCUCGAUGGUGUCCUGGAUGUGAAUAGUUUGACCAGCGUUGUGGCUGAACCAUCAGCGAGUAAGCAACAUGCCUUCCAGCUGACAACCUGGGACAAACAGCGCUUGCUCUUGGCCAGUCUAUCACCAAGCUCUAGGAACAGUUGGCUAGCAGUUCUAAGAAGUGCUGCCGGAUUGCCUCUCCUAGAAUCUCCGCCCCAGCCAACGGACAUUGAGCAGGACUUUAUCAAGGCUCAGUUGCAGCAACCAACCUCCAGUCCCGUCACUCCUGGAACCCCAAUUGGUCCACACUUUUCUUCGGAUGAAGAGUACAGAACAGCCUCGGAGGGUGGCCGAAGAGACAGCUUGGACUGGGGAUCACCAUUGUCACCUUCGCCACCUGUACUAAGGAGUUGUCUACGCAAUCGCAGCCUGGCCAGCUUGCACAAGAGGAGUCGCAGCUCACCGCCCAGCUCUCGGCGCAGUACGGUGGAUAGUGUGGCCAGUGAUGAGCUGCCUCUGCUCGUGGUUCCAGAGGAACUGCAGCCAUCCGAGAGCCGGGAGCUGAAACAGCAGUGCGAGACCCUUCGGGCAGAAGCCUCUCUGCGGGAGGCCCGCAUGUCAGAGCUCCUGGCCACCCUCCAAAGAACCGAGCAGCAGCUGACCGCCCGCCUGCAGGAGCAGCAACAGCAGCUGAACAGCGAACUGAGUUUGGCGAAGCAGAGUGCCUCGGAUCUGAUGCACAACCUGGGACUGCAGCUGACGGAGAGCCAGUGCCAGAUCAAGCAGUUGGAGGAUCGCCUGGCCCAGGGCAUCGAGGAGAACGAAGGCCUGUACAAGCGUCUGAGGGAGCUCAAGGCUCAGGACAACAGCGGCGGUGGUCUGAGCAACCUGCAACGUCACAAAAUUAAGCGAAUGGACUCCCUCAGUGACCUGACCACCAUCAGCGACAUUGAUCCCUACUGCCUCCAACGAGACUCACUUGCCGAGGAGUACAAUGAGCUAAGAUCUCGCUUCGAGAAGGCGGUCAAUGAGAUCAGAGCCAUGAAACGAGAGCUGAAGCAGUCCCAAAACCAAUACGAUGCUCUGGAGCUGGCCCAGGCCGCUUUGCAACAAAAGCUGGAGCGGCGACAGCACGAGGAUGGAGCCCAGCUGCAAUUGAUGGCUGCCAGGAUCCAGGAUCUGACCCUAAAGUACAGCAGCUCCGAGCGUCAGGUGCGAGGUCUCAAACAAAAGUUGGCCAAAUCAGAGCGACGUCGCUCGCUCUCGCUGAAGGGAAAGGAGCAGCUGGAACUCAAGCUGAGCGAACUGCAAAAGGAAACGGUGGACAGGAAGGAGGGCACACCUCCCGAAUCCUCCAGCAGCGAGUCCAGCAGCCAGUCACCGUUGAAUGCUCACCUCCUGCAGCGUUUGCAUAGCCUGGAGCACGUACUCCUGGGCAGCAAAGAGCGACUGGAGCAGAGUCUCUCCCAAUUGCAACAGAUUCGGGCGGGCCAAAGGUCACGUCGCUCUGUCUCCCCCAUCAAUGACCGCAAGGACGGCCUCAGACAACUGGAACGAGCUCUGGCAGAGACCUGCGUGAUGGUCAGUGAGCAAAUGGAGCUCACCUGCCUUCAGGAUGCGUGCCACAAGUGCUGCGAUCUGCGGCAGCGGGUGGAGAAGCUCUCCGCCCUGCAGCAGCAAACCGAGACGGAUCUGCAGAGGAGCGAGCAGCUGCUGGAGCAACGGGAGAGUGACCUGGCCCAGGCUCUAGAGAAGUGUGCCAGUCAGGAACAUGAGCAGGAGCUGCUCCUGCAACAGCGCCAGGAGCUCAGCGAAGAGCUGGGCAGGCAACAGGAACGCUGUCGACGCCUGGAGAAACGUCUGGAGCUGCUGGAGCGGGAGCAUGGAAAGCAACUGGAGUGCCUGAGAGAAGUCUACCACAAUGAGCACACCAAUGUAGCUGAUGAGCAGAGCUUCCGGAAGCGUUACCAGACCGAAAUCGAGCAGCUAAGGACUCUCUGCGAGAAGGGCUUGAGUGCCAUGGAGACAUCGCAUCGGCGGCUCACCUGUGACCUGGAGCAGAAACACAAGCUGGAAAUUGAGCGUUUGCUGGCCGAGAAGGAAACCGCCUUGGCCGAGGAAACUCAGGCCACUUUGGCCGCUCUAGAUGCCAUGCGUAAGGCACACCAGAGUGAGGUGCAACGGGAGGUGGCACGUUUCAAACAGGAGUUCCUUCGCCAGGUUCAGAGGGGAGAGCACAUGAGGGGUGAUGGAGCCAAGUUGAAGGAGGAGGAUCUCGAAGAGCUACGACUGGAAAUUCUAUCAUUUUCUGAAAAGUAUUCCAUUAAGUGUGUGGAGAAUGCCGCCCUGGAAGAGAAAUUACAUCUGGCAAACAGCAAACUGAGACACUUUCAGCAAAUGCAGCAACUGGAACUAAGAAAUCAGCAAUUUCGUGCUCACUUGGCCUCCUCCGAUGACCCGGCGAGUGAUGUCCACUUUGUCCAGGGACUGACUACCGACUCCCGAGAGGGUGCCAAUAAUUGUGAGGACAGUGAGCCUGCACCUCAAAUAAUGGGUAAAACAGCAACAAGAACCACAACCGUAGCAGCCUCAGCAUCGGCGCCCUCAAGCGACACAGAGUCCAAUCCCGAUCCUGAUCCCGAUUCAGAUACAGAUACAGAAACAGAUACAGAUACAGUGCCCGCCAUCGACGCAUCGCGAGCGCCACCCGUGAAAAUGCAGCAAAGCCUCCUCGUGAUACCCUCCCAUAUGCUAAACUGUUCCCCCGUGUCUGCCGCAAACGCUUCUGAUCGGUGUUCCGGCCAAGAUCUCGAUGGGCCCGAGGCUGGCUAUGAGCCAUGCUACAGGCCCUUCGAUAUAUUCGCCAUCUAUCAGAAUCGUUUGAGCUUCCAAGGUCUGAGAGGCAGCUCCACCUUUGGCAAGAGUUUGCGAAAAUCCACUGCUCACCAGGCAUCACCAGCAUCAUCAGAAGUAACCACAACAGCGCCGCCAAUAACCUAUCCAAAUAAGCCCAGUCACAAGGAAUUGUUUAAAACGGCUGCCGUUAUUAACAUUCAGCAGCAACAACAACAAAUCCCAAAUGAAAAAGCACAAUGAACAAAAUCGAAAAAUG